AUGGUUUGUGGUUCUUGUAGACGUCUGCUUUCGUAUCCAUCAGGUCAUUUCUUCCCUGCAGCUGAUCAGGUCGGGCAAGUUAAGUGUGGGAGUUGUACGCUAUUGCUAAUGUAUCCAUAUGGCGCUUCACAGGUCAGGUGUUCAUCAUGCCGGUUUGUGACAGAAAUCGGGGCAAUCAAAGACACUAUUAAGAAGAUGUUUAAGGACAAUUACCUCAACUUAUACACAACUGAUGUGGAUACUACAGGUUGGAUACACACCAAGUGUGGCUUUCCAAGCAUGGAAGAAAGCAUAUUAGAUCAGUUGAAUGAAGAGUUGAAAGAGAAAAUAAAGAAUGAUGUUUAUGACAUGGCUCCUUGGAAAUCUCCAAGUCCAGAUGGAUACCGUGUAGGCUUUUAUCAAAACUCUUGA